AUGCCUCCCAAGAUUCCAGACAUCAUAACGUAUCCCACGACUUUUGUGGCCACCCUGCGUUCGAACCAUCGUGCCAUUUCCAGUGCUGCGUCAUCAGAACGAUCACGGCUCUCUUCCUCUGCCGUCGACCUUAUCAAUGUUUCUGCCUCUGAACUCGGCACAGAUUUUGAGACGCUGCUACCCCUCUUUCUCCCAACCGUGCUCUCGCUCUGCAGUCGUCCCAAUAAAGUCUUCAUCACUCGCGCCAAAGCAAGCAUCCAACUCAUCAUCGAGGGCACGCAGCUAGCUUCCAUUCUGCCGUAUCUGGUCCAGUGUCUUCGAGACAAAUCGCAUAUGAUGCGUCUUGCGGCAGCAGAAGGCAUCCUCUCCUGCGUGAACUCAAUCAAUCCCCCGGAUUUGGAGAAGGAAAUUCGAGCUCGAGACCUAGAAAGCGCCAUCAGGGCCACAUCGAGAGACGCCAAUGCCGAGAUUCGGAAGGUCAGCAGAAAAAUCUUUGAUGCUUACACAGUUCUCCUACCACACAGGGUAGACAGGUGCGUGAUCGACUAUUGA